UAGUAGUACAUUCAAAAGUUCCCAAUUCCAACAAAUAUCUUAUCAUUCGCAAGAAAAAACAAACCUUUACGGUUUCUUCUUCCCUCUCAAAAUUAUACUACUGCUAGAAUAACUAGGAGUAGGUUGCUUGCUUGCUUUGUCAAUUGUCAUUUCAUUUCUGAUUUCUGCAUCAAAAAAUAUUUUCAAGAAUUAGAAAAAUACGGGGGAAAAGCAAAAAAUUUGGGUUGACUUUCUGGAUGGGGUCAGAGUCAGAAUGCGGUAAGAGUGAGGUGGUCUUGGGUGUGGAUGGCGGUACUACCUCUACUGUCUGCGUUUGCAUGCCCCUUCUCCCUUUCUCCGAUCACCUGCCGGACCCUCUUCCUAUUCUUGGCCGGGCAGCCGCCGGGUGCUCCAAUUACAACAGCGUCGGAGAAGAUGCUGCCAAAGAUACAUUGGAAAAAGUUAUGGAAGAAGCGCUUUCGCAAGCAGGUGUGAAAAGAUCGGCUGUUAGAGCUGUCUGUUUAGGUGUAUCUGGAGUUAAUCAUCUGAAGGAUGAGGAAAGAGUAUUAAAUUGGAUAAGGGACUUUUUCCCUGCUCAUGUGAAGAUAUACGUUCACAAUGACGCUGUUGCAGCUCUUGCAAGUGGGACUAUGGGGAAACUUCAUGGCUGUGUGCUUAUUGCUGGUACAGGGAGCAUAUCCUUUGGAUUUACGGAAGAUGGAAGGGAAGCUCGUGCUGCCGGUGCUGGACCUGUAUUGGGUGACUGGGGCAGUGGCUACGGAAUUGCUUCUCGGGGAUUGACGGCUGUAGUGAGGGCUCAUGAUGGUCGUGGCCCGCAGACAAUGCUGACAGAUCAUAUUUUGGAUUCACUUGGUCUUUCUUCACCUGAUGAACUCAUAGGGUGGACCUAUGCAGAUCCAUCUUGGGCUCGUAUUGCAGCCCUUGUUCCUGUUGUAGUAUCUUGUGCAGAAGCUGGUGAUCAAGUUGCAAUUGAAAUAUUAAACAAUGCAGUAGAAGAAUUGGGUUCAAGUGUAAAAGCUGUUGUUCAAAGGCUAUCCUUGGCUGGGGAAGACGGAAAGGGUUCUUUCCCUGUUGUCAUGGUAGGCGGUGUUCUUGAAGCUAAUAGGAGUUGGGAUAUUGGGAGAGAAGUUAUCAAUGCUAUAUUGAAGACCUAUUCUGGGGCUUGUCCGAUUAGACCAAAGGUGGAGCCUGCUAUUGGAGCAGCCCUUGUGGCCUGGAACUCCUUGAUGAAAGAGCUACCGGCAAAUGGCCAUAGAUGACUUGGAAUGGAAAAUUAUUCAAUUGUACAGAAAUUAUGUAUUACAGAUUGAUACCAAUCAUCAAUAAAUUGUGGAAAUUGAUAAAAUAAUCAGCCACAGAGGGAUAAAAGUUCUCAAUGAAUAUUAAUU